ACAAGUUGUGUCACUCAACUCAAAGUCCAGUCCCUCCUACUGGACUUUGAUCCAGCAAAAACAAAUGUUAUCCAACCCAACCUCAGACUUUCAUUGGAAAUACCUGUAAGAAGGCUGUUCUUUUUGUUUUUUAAACUGAUUUUGCCUAUAAAAUUUAAGCUUUCAAAAUGAUUAGAAAACUUUUUAUUGUUCUGCUCUUGUUUGUGACUCUGGGAGAUGCACAGCAGUCAUUUAUCAGUUUCCUGAAUAUAGAAAAGACUGAAAUACUAUUUUUUGCAAAGACCAAAGAAACCAUCAUCGUAAAGUCAAGUUACAAAGAUAAAUGGCCAAACUCCAGCUACCUCCUCAUGCAGUUAGAAGAUCCUAAAGUGUUGCAGGUGGUGAAUGUGACCAAAAUCUCAUCGGAUGUUACAAACUUUAUCAUAGACUUUGUGACAGAUGAAGGAGAGACAAAUUUGACCAUUCAACUAUGGGAUUUUGAAGGUAGGCAAGAAAGACUCAUUGAUGAAAUAAAAAAUGUGAAAGUCAAGGUACUCAAACAAAGAAAAGACAGUCUUUUUGAGGCAUCAGUGCAUAUUGAUAGAAACAUCCUGCUGCUUAUUCUCCCAAUGAUACUGUUAAAUAAGUGUGCAUUUGGUUGCAAGAUUGAAUUGCAGGUGCUUCAAAGAGUAUGGAACAGACCUCUGCCAAUAAUUCUUGGGGCAGUUAUACAGUUUUUUCUUAUGCCAUUUUGUGGAUUUCUUUUGACCCAGAUUUUAGCAUUGCCUAAACCUCAGGCUUUUGGAUUUGUAAUGACCUGCACAUGCCCAGGAGGGGGUGGGGGCUAUAUGUUUGCUCUGCUUCUAGAAGGAGAUAUCACUUUGGCCAUUUUGAUGACUUGCACAUCUACAUUAUUGGCCCUGAUCAUGAUGCCUGUCAAUUCUUAUAUAUACAGUGGGAUGUUAAGGUUAUCAGGAACACUUCAUAUUCCUGUUUCUAAAAUUGUGUCAACACUCCUUUUCAUACUGAUACCUAUAUCAUUUGGAGUAAUCAUCAAGCGUAUGAUACCUGAAAAAGCAAACUUCCUAGAAAGGAUAGUUAGACCUCUGAGUUUCAUUUUAAUGUCUAUAGGGAUUUAUUUGACUUUUAGAAUGGGAUUAAUAUUUCUAAAAACAGUUAACCUAGAGAUACUUCUGUUGGGUCUAUUAGUUCCUGCCUUGGGUUUGUUGUUUGGGUACUCCUUGGCUAAAAUAUGUAUGCUACCUCUUCCUGUUUGUAAAACCAUUGCUUUUGAAUGUGGGAUGCUAAAUAGUUUCUUAGCCCUUGCCAUUAUUCAUCUCUCAUUUUCACAGUCCAAAGCAGACUUAGCUUCUGUUGCCCCUUUUAUAGUAGCUAUGUGUUCUGGAUGUGAAAUGUUACUGACUCUUCUGGUCUACAAGGCUAAGAAAAGAUGUAUUCUUACCAUAGAAGAGAGAAGAAAAAAAUUUCCCCUGGUCUAACAAUAAAAGCAUUACUAAAUUCCUACUCAUGGUAGGAUUCAAAGACUCUAAAAUGGUGCCAGCUCUCAAGCCACUUUGUGAUCUGGUUGAAAACUCAACAUUAGAAAAACAAAACAAAUACACACACACACAUAGGAAAACAAUAUAUUUAUAUACACAUACAUACAUGCUAAGCACCCAAUUAAGUGGUACAGACAGUUAAAUGUGCUGUUCAGAGAAAAGAGACAACUUUUCAACUAAGAGUUGGUUUGGGGAUGUUUUAUAGAAAAGGAUUUGAGUACAUUUUAUUAUGGUUUCUUAAACAUGAAAGGAUAAUUUAAAAAUAUCCUCUCUGUAGUGAUCAUGAUGUAUCCUAAGUUUUUAAGGAAGGAGGGUCCACAUAAUAGGCCUUUAAUAAAAACUCAGUGAAUGAAUCUGCCCAUUCCUAUUUGGAUCUCUCAUUGGCCCAUCAGAAUCAGCAUGUCUUAAAUGUAGCAUCUCUGCUUCAUAACUGCUUCUUCCUACCUUCCACAUCUCCCACUAAAGACAUUAGUGUUAACCCUGAAACACAGGGUCAUUCCUCUCCCUCUCCCUCUUUCGCUAUUUCCUACAGAAAAGUUCCUAUAGUAUCUUUUUUAUCAGUCUCCUCACCAUUCCCAGUGCCACCACUUUUGUUCUGCCCAUUAUAUAAUACUUCUUCCCUAAACCAUUCUGCUUUUAGCCAGUCUGUCCACCCUCCAACUACUGUCAGAAUUAUCUUCCUAAAGUCUAACUUUGAUCAUGUAGUUUCUCUGCCACACAACUUUUUUUCCUUUUGAAUAAAGUCUGUCUUCCUUAGUAAGGCAUCUGUUAUACUCUACUGUCUGACCUCAAUCUAGCUUUACAGUUUUGUUUCCUCUUCCAAUUUCUUUGCACUCCCAUCAAAGAGGAUGACUUGGUGCCUCAUAAAUAUGCCUUUGUGCUGUUCCUGCUACCUGAGAGAUCUACUCAAUUUCUAUCUAAAUCUUAACCAUUCUUAUAGACCUGGCUCAAAUAACCCGUGCUGUGAACCUUUUGCUAAUCCUCCCUACCUGCCUGAAAGAGAAAUUUUCUCUAAAUUAUUUGUACUCAUAGUAUUUUGCAAUCCUGCUAUUAAUGUUCUUGUUUUAUCCUUCCUAUUUGCUGUAAAUCCUUGAGCAUUAGAAUUUUGUUCAUUUUGAUACUCCCCAUAUCUAACACAAUCUCUUCUAUGUGCUUAUUCAAAUAAAGUGUUGAAACAUAGAAUAGGGUCCAAAUGAAUAAUACUCUUUAUAUACCACUUUUGAAUUUUUAAUGGAAAUUUUUAGCAUCUAUUUCCAGAUCUCUUCUACAAAAAGAGUGUGGACAUCAAGAAUUGGAAAUAUCACUCUAAAUAAUCCCGCUUCCCCCAUUCCCUAGCCUUGUGACUUUAGGCAAAUUACUUAAUCUCCCUGAGGUUCAGUUUCCCCAUCUGAAAAAUGGAGAUAAUGGUGUCCAUCAGAUUGUCAUCAGGAUUAAAUAAGAUCUUAUGUAACAAUGUGCUUAGAACAGUGCUUGACAUAUAGUAAGUGCUCAGUAAUUUAGCAUCUAUUAUUUCAUCAGUUUAAACCUUUGACCCUGAUAUAUUUGUUAUUGAUUUGAAAUAUCAAUCUGAUUAUUAGAUAUGGAGCAUAAAACUUUUAAACAUUUUUUGUCAGUGUCAUUCACCAUCUUGUCCUUAAUAUUAGGGAAUUUUUGUUUUUCUUGUCAGUUGAUAAGACAACUGAAGUCCUUUUUAUCUAACUUCACCAAAUCCAGUAUCUGGAACCAAGAUUAUAAAGACCUGGAUUGAAGUGGUGGUGGGUGGUUAUUAUUCACUUUAUGAAAUUAUUAUUGCCUAUGUGGAAUAGUUUACUACUAACUCCUUUAAACAAAAAUCUCAACUCAGGUUUAAAAUAUAAUUAAAUUUUUGCAAAUUUAACUUGCAUACAUUUUUAUGAACAUAUUUUACUGAUUGGGAACAAGAGACCUGCCUUUCUAGUUGCAUUUCUAUCAUUAAUCUUGUGACUGCAAACAAAACACUUCUAUGUACUUUUCAGUUUUCAGAUUUGUGAAAUGAAGAGAUUUGACUGAGAUUUAAGAUCUUGACAUUAUAAGCCUGUAAUUCUUGCAUAACACCGUAGGACCUAGCACCAUUGGCAGGGAAAUGGGGUAAAGUGAAGAAGAAAGCUCAGGUUGAUGAGAAUAAUCACACAGUGCUGCAGCUUUCUAGUUAGAGCACAACCAAAUGUAAUCUGUUUGAAGGCAAGGACCACAUACUAUUCUUUGACUUCCAUACAGUGUUUAGCACAGUGCAUUGUGAAUAGUUGCUCAUUAAACAUUUAUGAGAGUAACUGAUCAAUAUGACCUAUAAAGGUCAAGAUCAUGUAUUCUGGAGCCAGACUAUGCCUGUGUCUGCAAUCCCAGUUCUGUUACUUGUAUCAUGGAAGACUGAGAUUUUACUUGGUAAACCCUGCCUAAAAAUGUCAAAUGGGGGUGAACUUAC